AAAGAGGUCCACACAGGCGCUGCUGGGAUUUUGUUACCUUCUCCUGCUACCAAAGCUGUUCCCGCAUUUGGUUUUAAUAUAAACUGUGUACAUUUUCAGUGUGGAGGGAAGUUGAGGAGGGAAUGAGUAGCGGGGGAAAUCUACCGUGACUUUUUCGGAGGAGAGAGUGGCCCCCGGUGCCAACAGGGCAGAGAGUUGCUGCUGCCGCUGUCUGUCUGUCUGUCUGCUGCAGCGGCUCAUCACUGGAGCUGCUGAGGAGGAAAGCUAGCUUACUUCUUCUGUAUGUUGCCUCGGAAAUAACACCGCAACGCCAAGAUGGACCUGAAGUUGCUCAUGAUAUCCAUGUUGUUAGGCAUCUUUUGUUGCUGUAAUGCUCAGAAAGAGGGGAACGAGUGCAUCAAUGCCAAUGCCAAAUACUGUGGGGAGUGCAUCCAGGCUGGAGCCAAAUGCGGCUGGUGUAAAGACCCGGACUUCCUGAAACAGGGUGAGACCGUGUCGACUCGUUGUGAUGAGGUGCAGUCUCUGAUAAAAAGGGGCUGUGAAGAGAAAAUGAUCGAAAACCCAAGCGGGGAAGGGAAAAUCCUCUUGAACAAAAUGGUCACAAAUCGCAAAAAGGGAGCAGAGAAACUGAAGCCAGAGGAGAUUACUCAGAUCCAGCCGCAGAAACUCAGGCUCACACUCCGAUCUGGGGAGCCCCAGUCCUUUGACUUGAAGUUCAAACGAGCAGAAGAUUAUCCCAUCGACCUGUACUACUUGAUGGACCUGUCUUACUCCAUGAAGGACGAUCUGGAGAACGUCAAGAACCUGGGAACAAGUCUGAUGCUGGAGAUGUCAAAGAUCACCUCAGACUUCAGGAUAGGUUUUGGCUCCUUUGUGGAAAAGACAGUCAUGCCGUACAUCAGCACCACCCCGGCCAAGCUGCUGAACCCAUGCACGGGUGACCAAAACUGCACCAGCCCAUUCAGCUACAAGAACGUCCUCAAACUGACCAGCGAUGGCAAGAAGUUUAACACCCUGGUGGGCCAGCAGCACAUUUCUGGAAACCUGGAUUCUCCUGAGGGGGGGUUUGAUGCCAUCAUGCAAGUGGCUGUGUGUGGGGAUCAUAUCGGUUGGAGGAAUGUGACCCGUCUGCUAGUGUUCUCCACUGAUGCUGGAUUUCACUUUGCUGGCGAUGGCAAACUGGGUGGCAUCGUUCUGCCCAAUGACGGAAAAUGUCACUUGGAGAACAAUGUGUACACCAUGAGCCACUACUAUGACUAUCCCUCCAUUGCUCACCUGGUUCAGAAGCUGAGCGACAACAACAUUCAGACCAUCUUUGCCGUCACAGAGGAAUUCCAGCCUGUUUACCAAGAGCUGAAAAAUCUGAUACCAAAGUCUGCAGUUGGCACUCUGUCAGCCAACUCAAGCAAUGUAAUCAACCUGAUUAUAGACGCUUACAACUCUCUGUCAUCCGAAGUUAUUCUGGAGAACAGCAAGCUUCCAGAAGGAGUGACCAUUGCCUACACAUCCCGUUGUAAGAAUGGAGUGGUCAGUGAGGGAGAGAGUGGACGGAAGUGCUCCAACAUCUCCAUCGGAGACGAGGUCAUGUUUACCAUCAGUGUGACAUCAAAGGGCUGUCCGAAACAAGGCAAGCCAGAGACCAUCAAGAUAAAGCCCCUGGGAUUUACAGAAGAGGUGGAGAUUACCCUCAACUUCAUCUGUGAGUGCGAGUGCAACAAGGAUGGUAUCAAGAACAGCGAACUUUGUCACUUUGGUAACGGGACCUAUGAGUGUGGAGCCUGCAAGUGUAAUGAAGGGCGCGUGGGCAGACAGUGUGAAUGCAGCAGCAACGACGUGGCCACUGAAGACAUGGAUCGAACCUGCCGUAAAGACAACGGCACCGACAUCUGCAGCAACAACGGAGACUGUGUGUGCGGCACGUGUGAGUGCAAGAAGAGGGACAACCCUGAGGAGCGGUACAGCGGCCAGUACUGCGAGUGUGACAACUUCAACUGUGACCGCUCCGGAAACAAACUGUGUGGUGGGCAUGGACGCUGUGAGUGCAGAGUGUGUGUCUGUGACCCCAAUUGGACCGGAAGUGCCUGUGAUUGUUCUUUGGACAACAGCACAUGUAUGGCCAGUAACAAGCAGAUCUGUAACGGCAGAGGAACGUGUGAAUGUGGCACCUGCAAGUGCACUGACCCCAAAUUCCAGGGACCCACCUGUGAGACUUGUCCUACCUGUCCAGGAGUCUGUACUGAGCACAAAGAGUGUGUCCAGUGCCGGGCGUUUGGCACCGGUGAGAAGAAGGACAUAUGUGAGAAAAACUGCACCUACUUCAACCUGAUUAAAGUGAAGGACAGGGACAAGCUGCCCCAACCCAAUGACGCCUCUUACCCCGUGAUGCACUGCAAGGAGAGGGACGCCAACGACUGCUGGUUUUACUACACCUACGCUGUCAACAACAACACGGAGAAGGAGGUGCAUGUGGUGGACACGCUGGACUGCCCUGCUGGCCCCGACAUCAUCCCCAUCGUCGCGGGUGUGGUUGCCGGCAUCGUCCUGAUUGGCUUAGCCCUGCUGCUCAUCUGGAAGCUGCUGAUGAUCAUCCACGACAGGAGAGAGUUCGCCAAGUUUGAGAAGGAGAAGAUGAACGCCAAGUGGGAUACGCAAGAAAACCCCAUAUACAAGAGUCCUGUCAAUCAGUUCCAGAACCCAAACUAUGGUCGCAGAGCUGCUGUCCUUUAAGGUGAAAAUCCAAUCUACAAAAGUGCUGUCACGACUGUGGUCAACCCCAAAUAUGAAGGAAAAUGAUGGCUUCAUAGUUUUUAAUGAACUCUGCUAUUAAGUAUCUGACAACUGCAGUAUUGACCGCAGGUUUGGGCUCUGAGGGGAACCUGUGGUGAAAUUUAUGUCACUUCUUCUUGUUGCUUUACCAUAAUUAUGUACCAUAUGGCCACUGCAUCUGCAUUUUUACUAACACUUAUGAUUUAUAUGAAUUGGUUGUAUUUUAGAUGUACAGUAUACAGUAUGUGUAUAUACUUUUAAGUUGAAUAUUUGCAAAAGUGAUGACAUGAAGGUUUUUAUUUCCUGCCACAGGACUGGCUCAGGCAGAGGAUUUAGCUUUUUUUAACAACACAAUGUGGACACAAUGGAUAUGCAAUAUAUCUACAAGAUCCUCAGCUUCUGUCUCUUUCACCUCACUGUCUUCUUGUCUCUUUCUGUGCACUGACUUCCUGUGUGUCUCCAUGACAGGACCUGAGUUUUAAUAUGUAAAUCGUCAGCCAUAGCAGCACAUCAUGUCAGUGUGUAUGUGUAUAUAUAUAUAGAAAACAAAUGCAAUGGGAAGUAUUGAAUGAUAUUUUGCAUUAGAUUGGACAGUUAUGUUGAAUCACAGUGCAGUGGUUGUAAAUUUUAAACUGCAGCUUAAAAACACAUUAUAUUGCACUCUUAUUGAGUACUGUUGUCUAUUCUAAAGGAGUACAUACACAAGAUAACGUUUCUAUCAACUGUCAUUUGAAUUGCUGAUAUACUAUCACAAAGGGACUGUAUACCACUUGUUAAAAUAAUGAAAUCUUGGCGAUGUUGAACAAUCAAAGGAUUUAUAUAGUUAUGAUACAAUUUAAAUAAUGGAAUAUUGUUGUAUUUGCUAACUGCAGUAACUUUUAUUACUCAUUCUCAGGUCCUCUCCUGUGUUCUUGUCAAGCGCGCCAAAAAUAUAUUUGUAUGUCAGCUUGUUCCGUGUAGCUCAUUUGUGUGUCGAUUCUGUUGUAGAUGUAGAAGACUGAAACAAGAGAAUUUGUUUAGAUAUCACAUGAACCACCUCUAAAAUGCUUUCACACCCAAAUGCCUCUGAAGUACCACACACAAGCCUUUACAGUAUUGUUUUCAAAGUGCCUUUUAUUUCAAUGUUUUUUUCCCAAUGCUGUUUGAGUUAUUUAUUAAAUAAAGUACAAAAACUCUC